CACGAAAAGUAAAACAUUUAUUUUUCAUUCCAGAUAUUCCAAUUCUAAAUACACGUCUUAGCAUAGGCGGUAGUAAAAGAGCACAAGGCAAUGCCAACGCUGCCGGAAAUGCAGCUGGUGCAGUACAAGAGAAAGCCAAUGCCGUUGGCAACGCUGCCGGAAAUGCAGCUGGUGCAGUACAACAGCAAGCCAAUGCCGCUGGCAACGCUGCUGGAAAUGCAGCUGGUGCAGUACGACAGCAAGCCAAUGCCGCUGGCAACGCUGCCGGAAAUGCAGCUGGUGCAGUACAACAGCAAGCCAAUGCCGCCAUGCCCCAAGGUGCUCAGGUUGACGCUCAAGCCAAUGUGCCUGCUGCUGCCGGUGCUAAUGCCGGAGGCACCGUCGGUAACGUCAGCCAGUAAAGCAUAGACGUUUCUUUAUAACCUUUGAAUUUCAAAGCACGGUUCAUGUUUUUUGAUUUAUGUCAAAUUUGAUUAAAUUUCUUCAAAAUAUAAUUCAGUUGCAUCCA